UGUUCAUCUAGCCUCUAUGGCAUUCUGUCCAAUGUUCGUUCUAUCCAUCAGUCACGAGACAAAUGUAAUAAAAAUUGAAAAAUACGUCUCUAAAAAGACUACAAAACUUUAAUUCAUAUUAUAGUUGUAGCUAAAGAUGGCCUGCAUGUGUUGUUUAAAAAAAUGUUUUCAUUAGUUUCAUCUGGUCUCUUGUGAAAGGCUGGUGUCAAAGUACGCUUUAACUAAUGAAUGAUGCAGUCUAUUUUCUGGACAGGGAGACUGCUAUCACGUGCUUUACGAAAUGGACUUUCGAAUUUCUCAAGUGCUACUGAAUUGAACGUUUCGUCGACAAAGCACCCUUAUUUAGUAUCAGUGGUGUGUGGUUUUCCUAAAGACAUUGCUAAUGGAAGAACGCGCAAAGGACAGUUCGGUGACGACGCAUGGUUCUCCACAAAUUCCAGCAACGCGGAUGUUAUUGGUGUGGCAGACGGUGUAGGAGGAUGGCGUGCUUACGGCAUCGACCCUGGCGAGUUCUCCUCGUACCUCAUGAGGACGUGCGAGAGGCUCGUCCAAAUGGGACACUUCAAGAUGUCAGAGCCAGGGGACCUGCUGGCGAAGUCCUAUUACGAAUUAUUGGAACAUAAGAAACCAAUACUAGGAAGCAGUACAGCGUGCGUGAUGAUCUUAGACCGGUCGGAGAGCGUAAUGCGCGCCGCCAACAUCGGUGACAGCGGGUACAUGGUAGUGCGAGGAGGCCGCAUCGUUCACCGGUCGCACGAACAGCAGCACUACUUCAACACGCCUUACCAGCUCAGCUUGCCGCCGCCCGGACACGACCGGAAUGUGCUUAGUGACAGGCCAGAAUCGGCGGAGACGUCAGAAUUCGCAGUGGAGUGCGGUGACGUGAUCCUAGUGGCGACUGACGGCGUGUUCGACAAUGUGCCCGAGCCAGUCCUAGUGGCGGAGAUGAGGCGCGCUCAGGGGCUCGCGGGCGAGACCAAGAGGCUGCAGGCCGUCGCCAACUCCAUCGCGUGGAUGGCGCGCAACCUCUCCUUCGACGGCUGCUACAUGUCGCCCUUCGCCAAGAGCGCGCGACAGAACGGCAUUGAUGCCAUUGGGGGAAAGCCGGACGACAUAACGGUGCUACUUGCUAUCGUAGCGCUAUGAAAAUGUCCUAUGUGAUUUAUGUAGCUAGAUUCUAGGUACAUUUUUGUUCAAGAUUACUACAAAAUUUAGUUAUAUAAUAGUGAUAACAACGAAGCCAAAAAUAUGUUUGGACCCUUUUCUGUAAUUGAUCUGUAAUUAUUUUUGAAUGUCUUUGGUUAUAAGUGAAGGAGGUGCCCACAUUUGAUUCUUCGCGAUUUAUUAUAUGAGACAGAUGUGUUUCUGAUUUCUGGAAAUCUGUUUUAUAUGUAUAUUUGACAUUUAAUUGUUACUUGUGCAUAGUAAUGUGUAAAUACUUUUUUGUACUAUAUGACGUCAAUUUUGUAAUAAUAGAUAUUUCUGUAUGAUCUCAAAAGUUGUUUGUAUGUUUUAUUACUGUACAGGGCCAGGCCACGGAGCCGUUCACUGGUCACCUCCUAAACUUGAUUCUGUCUACUUAUGUUAGUUGUGAAAUAGAAUUGUUUAUUCAGAGAUCACGCGAUGUGACGCCAUGAUCUGAAUGUUGUGCUUCUAAAUUAUUGUGAUUUACAUGAAGCUGCUGAUGUUAUAAUGCUGGAAAGAAAGUGUACAUUACUUGUUGAAAGAUUUACGAGAAUUUUGAAUGUAAUUGGGUCAACGAAAGUUAUCCGUGACCGACAUUAGCAAUCGUUGAAAAACAGACCUACUUCUACUAUCUGUUGUUUUAUGAUUGUACAUAAAACUCGCGAAUAUGGCAUAUUAUAUUAUGUAACUGACUUAAAUGUGUACAAAAAAUACAUAUAUACAGACAGUAUACAGUAAUAAUAUGUCGAUUGUAAGCAAUGUAUAGUCAGUCUCAAAGGGUCAACGCAUUGUGUACUAGAUAACAUCAUCUUUUUUCUCUUUAUAAGAGUAUGUGAACAAAAUAUUUACCCUGAGAAAACAGAAACGAUUUCUUAAAGGUACCAUUUUAACGAUUUUAGCUUUGUUGGCCCAAAUGUAAAAAUAGUAGUAGUAUAAUAGUUUUAUUAUUGUGUGAUUUCAAAGUGGACGAGUAUGUCUUUCUGAAAUAUUUAAUUUUACAAUCAACUGUGUUUUUGUGGAAUUGAGUGUGAGAGUUUGAAUGAAGACUGAAUACAACUAGAUAUACUGUUCUUGUUGUUACUAGUAGUUUUAAUAAUGUUACGAAACUAUAUUUGAAACGAUCACAACUAACGGUUCUAUAUAAGACACUUAAUGUUCUUUUUAUAAAUUUUUAUGUAAAUUAUAUGUGUAUUGAUUGUAUGUUUCAUUUUUUCUACAAGUAAAUUAAACCUUUGUCGCAGCUGCUAUUACAUUUUGGAUACAUUUUAGACUGCUAAAAUUAGAAAUCAUUGUAAUCAUUCAUUAGCUGCAUUAAUUCUUUUUUAAAGUGCAUUUUACGAUUAUUUUUAAUAAUAAAUUAUGUGACGGAUAAAACGUUACAAACAUUAUUCAAUUGAAUAGCUCAGUCGAUAUGUACAGCAAGCAGAACUUAAACUGGUAACCUAUUGACUUGGCGUUCUAUUGUAUUGUCAUAUUGUUGAGCCUUGAAUUUCGUUUUAACCGUGACAUUAAUCUUCAAGCAAUUUCCGAGUUAACAACUACAUACCUAUAUACUUUAUUAUUCUUUCUAGAUCCAAAAUUGGUUGUUAGCCUUCGCUUAAAAUGUUUGUAUAUAAAUAAAAAUCAUUAGCGUAGCAAAGUUAAAAGAUGACUCGUCUUUUAAAUGUAUGUCAAGGUACUGUAAGUAGUCACUGAUCAAACGCUUAUCGUCGUUACAUUUCGACUCGGACUUAUCAACUCUGUGUUAUUUAAAAUUCACCAUGAUAUUGUGUGAAAAUAGAAUAAACAAUUCUGAUUAUGA